AUCUGGCAGCACGAGUAACCACAAACAGCGGCGUUUCUCUCCGAUUUUUCUGCAAAAAGUUGUAAAAUAGGUUAAUUUAAGUGCAAAAUACCCGUGAAAACCACUAAACAGUCAUGGCGGAUGCCGCAGCACGUCAGCUGCAGUACGAGUACAAGGCGAACUCCAAUCUUGUGCUGCAAGCCGAUGUCCGACUCAUCGAACGCCCGCGGCGCGAUGAGGCCACUGGCGAGGUGUGCUCCUUGGUGGGAAAGCUGGACGGAACUAGAAUGGGAGAUCGGUACCAGCGGACGAAGCCGGAAAAAACGGAGGAGCGCAAGGUGAAACGCCAGAAGCGAGACGAGGCCCAGUAUGACUUCGAGCGGAUGAAGGGAGCUACCCUGCUCUCCGAGGGCAUCGAUGAGAUGGUGGGCAUUGUGUAUCGGCCCAAGACCCAAGAAACCCGACAGACCUACGAGGUCCUGCUCAGCUUCAUCCAGGAGGCUCUGGGGGAUCAGCCUAGGGAUAUCCUGUGCGGUGCCGCUGAUGAGAUUCUGGCUGUCCUCAAGAACGAUCGCUUAAAAGAUCGGGAGCGAAAGAGGGAUGUGGACAGCUUGCUGGGCGCAGUUACUGAUGAGCGAUUUGCCCUGUUAGUUAACCUGGGCAAAAAAAUCACAGACUUUGGCAGCGAUGCCGUGAAUGCUUUGACUGCUGCUCCCAACAACGAGGAGCAGAUCGAUGAAACCUACGGCAUCAAUGUCCAGUUUGAGGAAUCCGAGGAGGAGAGCGACAACGAUAUGUAUGGUGAGAUUCGCGAUGAUGAUGCCCAGGAUGAAGGGGAGGAGGCCCGCAUCGAUCACACCCUGCAUGCAGAAAAUUUGGCCAACGAGGAAGCCGCCAAUAAUGUAAAGAAAGAGCGCUCCUUGCAUCCUCUGGACAUAGAUGCGUAUUGGUUGCAGCGUUGUCUGAGCAAAUUCUAUAAGGAUGCCAUGGUGUCGCAAAGCAAAGCUGCCGACGUGCUGAAGAUCCUGAAAGAUGCCGCCGACGAUCGCGAUUGCGAAAAUCAAUUGGUGCUUUUGCUGGGCUACGAUUGCUUUGACUUCAUUAAGCAAUUGAAGCUUAACCGGCAGAUGGUACUCUACUGCACCAUGCUGGCCUCGGCUCAAACAGACAGUGAGCGGCAAAGAAUUCGCGAGAAGAUGCGCGGAAAUUCUGCGUUAGCCAAAAUCCUUCGUCAAUUGGAUACGGGAAAGUCUGAGGAUCAGGACGAGGGCGAAGCACGGGGAAGUAAGCGUGGAAAAGGAGAUGCAGAGGAUGGUGGAGCGGCGGCUGCCGGUCAGGUGGCUGGUGUGCGACAGCUACUCGAGUUGGAAGAGAUGGCAUUCACUCAAGGAUCCCACUUUAUGGCAAACAAGCGCUGCCAGCUGCCCGACGGUUCCUACAGGAAACAACGAAAAGGCUACGAGGAGGUGCACGUGCCUGCGCUAAAACCCGUACCAUUUGAUGCCAAUGAGGAACUUCAGCCUGUGGACAAGCUCCCGAAAUAUGUGCAGCCUGUGUUCGAGGGUUUCAAGACCCUUAAUCGUAUCCAAAGUCGUUUGUACAAGGCCGCACUGGACAGUGAUGAGAAUAUGCUGCUGUGCGCCCCUACUGGAGCUGGUAAAACUAAUGUGGCCUUGCUAACCAUGAUGCGGGAGAUUGGAAAGCACAUCAACGAGGAUGGCACCAUCAAUGCUCAGGAUUUCAAAAUCAUCUACGUGGCUCCCAUGAAAUCUCUGGUGCAGGAAAUGGUCGGCAAUUUUGGACGACGCCUUGCUUGCUACAAUCUGACGGUCUCCGAGUUGACUGGAGAUCACCAGCUGACCAGGGAACAGAUUGCCGCCACUCAGGUGAUUGUGUGCACACCAGAGAAAUGGGACAUCAUCACUCGAAAGGGAGGAGAGCGUACCUUUGUGAGCUUAGUGCGAUUGGUAAUCAUCGAUGAGAUUCACUUGCUCCACGACGAGCGUGGUCCGGUGCUUGAGGCCCUGGUGGCACGUACGAUAAGGAAUAUUGAAACUACCCAGGAGGAGGUGCGUUUGGUGGGCUUAUCUGCCACACUGCCCAACUAUCAGGACGUGGCCACCUUCUUACGCGUAAAACCCGAUAAGGGCCUGUUCUACUUUGAUAACAGCUAUCGGCCUGUGUCCCUGGAGCAGCAGUAUAUCGGUGUGACGGAGAAGAAGGCCCUAAAGCGGUUCCAGGUGAUGAACGAGAUUGUUUAUGAAAAGACCAUGGAGCAUGCUGGGCGUAAUCAGGUCCUGGUUUUCGUACACUCGCGCAAGGAGACUGGAAAAACGGCUAGAGCCGUGAGAGACAUGUGCCUGGAGCAAGAUACCCUUGGUAGCUUUCUAAAGGAGGGGUCAGCAAGCAUGGAAGUGCUGCGUACUGAAGCCGAGCAAGUAAAGAACACAGAGCUAAAGGAGUUAUUGCCCUACGGCUUCGCCAUUCAUCAUGCUGGAAUGACCCGCGUCGAUCGUACUUUGGUGGAAGAUCUAUUCGCUGAUCGGCACAUUCAAGUUUUGGUUUCCACCGCCACUCUAGCUUGGGGUGUGAAUCUGCCUGCCCACACUGUAAUCAUCAAGGGCACGCAGGUGUACAAUCCGGAAAAAGGACGUUGGGUGGAGCUGAGUGCCUUGGAUGUUCUACAGAUGUUGGGUCGUGCUGGAAGACCGCAGUAUGACACCAAGGGUGAGGGUAUUCUUAUAACCAAUCACAGUGAGUUGCAGUUCUAUCUCUCCUUGCUCAACCAGCAGUUGCCGAUUGAGUCCCAAUUCAUCUCCAAGCUUCCUGACAUGCUGAAUGCAGAGAUUGUUCUAGGAACGGUCCAACAUCUCCAAGAUGCAGUUAACUGGUUGGGCUACACUUAUCUGUACAUUAGAAUGCUGAGGAAUCCCACGUUAUACGGAGUUUCCCACGAUGCCAUUAAGGCUGAUCCUCUGUUGGAGCAGCAUCGGGCUGAUCUCCUGCACACCGCAGCUUGCUGUCUGGAGCGGAGUGGCCUUGUUAAAUACGAUCGAAAGACGGGACACUUCCAGGUGACUGAUCUGGGUCGCAUUGCCUCUCACUAUUACCUAACCCAUGAAACCAUGCUGACUUACAACCAGCUGCUUAAGCAAACUCUUAGUGAGAUCGAGUUGUUCCGCGUAUUUUCCCUAUCCUCGGAAUUCCGUCAUAUUUCCGUCAGAGAAGAGGAAAAAUUGGAGCUGCAGAAGCUCAUGGAACGAGUGCCCAUUCCCAUUAAGGAGUCCAUUGAGGAGCACAGCGCCAAGGUCAAUGUUUUGUUGCAAGCUUAUAUCUCCCAGUUGAAACUGGAGGGCUUUGCAUUGAUGUCGGAUAUGGUGUUCAUUACCCAAUCUGCUGCCCGUCUUAUGAGAGCCAUUUUUGAGAUUGUAUUGACCCGCGGAUGGGCUCAAUUGGCGGACAAAACGUUGACGCUCUGCAAGAUGAUUGACAGAAGGAUGUGGCAAUCUAUGACUCCUCUGAGACAGUUCAAGAAGAUGCCCGAUGAGAUUGCCAAGAAACUGGAGAAGAAACACUUCCCUUGGGGCAGGCUUUACGAUCUAGAGCCACAUGAACUUGGUGAGCUGAUUAGAAUGCCCAAGCUAGGAAAAACUAUCCACAAGUUUGUGCACCAGUUCCCCAAACUGGAGCUCUCCACGCACAUUCAACCUAUAACAAGGGGAACCCUGAGAGUGGAACUCACCAUUACACCGGAUUUCCAAUGGGAUGAAAAGGUGCAUGGCCAGUCGGAAGGUUUUUGGGUUUUAAUUGAAGAUGUCGACUCGGAACUCAUUCUCCAUCAUGAGUUUUUCCUGCUAAAGCAGAAGUAUUCCCAAGAUGAGCACCAGCUAAAGUUCUUUGUGCCUGUAUUUGAACCUCUGCCACCGCAGUACUUCCUUCGCAUUGUCUCAGAUCGCUGGAUAGGAGCAGAGACCCAAUUACCAGUGUCUUUCCGACACUUAAUUCUGCCCGAGAAGAAUAUGCCACCUACGGAGCUGUUGGAUCUCCAACCGCUUCCUAUAAGUGCACUGCGGCAGCCGAAAUUUGAAUCGUUUUAUUCGCAACGCUUCCCGCAAUUCAAUCCCAUUCAGACCCAAGUCUUCAAUGCAGUCUACAAUAGUGAUGAAAAUGUCUUUGUUGGAGCACCAACUGGAUCCGGAAAGAUGACUAUUGCGGAGUUUGCCAUCAUGCGCUUGUUCACUACUCAAUCCGAUGCCCGAUGUGUCUAUUUGGUCUCGCAAGAGGCUUUGGCGGAUUUAGUUUUUGCAGAUUGGCAUAACAAAUUUGGAUCGCUGGAUAUAAAAGUGGUUAAAUUGACCGGCGAAACUGGAACCGAUCUUAAGCUUAUAGCCAAGGGACAGCUGGUGAUCACUACUGCGGAUAAAUGGGAUGUGUUGUCUCGUAGAUGGAAACAGAGGAAGAACGUACAACUGGUAAACCUGUUUAUUGUGGACGAACUGCAGCUGGUGGGAGGAGAGGAUGGUCCUGUUAUGGAGAUAGUAUGCUCUAGGAUGAGAUACAUUAGCUCACAGAUUGAGAAACAGAUCAGAAUAGUGGCGUUGUCUGCAUCGCUAACGGAUGCCAGGGAUGUCGCCCAGUGGCUGGGCUGUAAUCCCAAUGCCACAUUCAAUUUCCACCCAAGCGUGCGUCCCAUUCCGUUGGAGCUGCACAUCCAAGGCUAUAAUGUCACCCACAACGCUACCAGAAUUGCCACAAUGUCCAAGCCUGUUUACAAUGCCAUCCUCAAGUACAGCGCCCACAAGCCGGUGAUUGUUUUCGUCUCGUCCAGAAAGCAGGCCAGGCUCACUGCAAUUGACGUUCUGACCUACGCAGCCUCGGAUUUGCAACCCAAUCGAUUCUUCCAUGCUGAGGAGGAGGACAUCAAGCCGUUCCUUGAGAGAAUGACAGAUAAAACCUUGAAGGAGACCCUGGCGCAAGGAGUGGCUUAUCUUCAUGAGGGACUAUCCGCCUCAGAUCAUCGCCUGGUGGAGCAGCUAUUUGACUCUGGCGCUGUGCAAGUAGCAGUGGUCUCCAGGGAUCUUUGCUGGGGCAUGAGCAUCUCCGCUCACUUGGUGAUCAUCAUGGACACGCAAUUUUACAACGGCAAGAAUCAUUCGUAUGAGGACUAUCCCAUUACAGACGUGCUGCAGAUGAUUGGUCGAGCCAAUCGACCCAACGAGGAUGCGGAUGCCAAGUGCGUGCUGAUGUGCCAGAGCAGCAAAAAGGACUUCUUUAAAAAAUUCAUCAACGAGCCGCUGCCCAUCGAAAGUCAUUUGGAUCAUAGAAUGCACGAUCACUUUAACGCCGAGGUGGUCACCAAGACGAUUGAGAACAAACAGGAUGCUGUGGAUUAUCUCACCUGGACGUUCCUCUACAGAAGAUUGACCCAAAAUCCCAAUUACUACAACCUGCAGGGCGUCACGCAUCGCCAUCUCUCCGACCAUCUUUCGGAGUUGGUGGAGAAUACGCUGAGCGAUCUAGAACAGUCGAAGUGUAUCAGCGUCGAGGAUGAUAUGGACACCCUGCCUCUCAAUCUGGGCAUGAUUGCUGCUUACUAUUACAUUAACUAUACAACUAUCGAGCUCUUCAGUUUGUCCCUUAAUAGCAAGACAAAAGUUCGUGGCCUGCUGGAAAUUAUUUCAUCGGCAGCAGAGUACGAGGAUGUGGUGGUCAGACAUCAUGAGGAGCAGGUUCUACGCACGCUAUCUCAGCGACUGCCCAACAAACUCACAGGACCCAAUGAAACGGCUCCAAAAUUCAAUGAUCCGCAUAUCAAGACCAAUUUGCUGCUUCAGGCUCAUCUUUCACGACUGCAAUUGGGACCUGAACUGCAAGGCGAUACGGAGCAAAUACUGAGCAAGGCCAUUCGUCUUAUUCAGGCUUGCGUAGAUGUGCUAAGUUCAAAUGGCUGGCUUUCGCCGGCUGUGGCUGCCAUGGAGUUGGCUCAGAUGGUCACGCAGGCCAUGUGGAGCAAGGAUUCGUAUUUGAAGCAGUUGCCGCACUUUAGUCCUGAAAUUGUCAAGCGGUGCACAGAAAAGAAAAUCGAAACCGUUUUCGAUAUCAUGGAACUGGAGGAUGAGGAUCGCACUCGCCUAUUGCAGCUCUCCGAUUUACAAAUGGCCGAUGUUGCUCGAUUCUGCAACCGGUACCCCAACAUUGAGCUCAACUAUGAAGUGGUGGACAAAGAUCGCAUCAACUCAGGAUCAACCGUCAAUGUAGUGGUUCAACUGGAACGUGAGGAUGAGGUUACCGGCCCAGUCAUUGCCCCAUUCUUCCCGCAGAAACGUGAAGAAGGAUGGUGGGUCGUUAUAGGUGAUCCCAAGACCAACUCCCUGCUCUCCAUCAAACGGCUCACGCUGCAGCAAAAGGCAAAGGUUAAGCUGGACUUUGUGGCACCUAGCCCGGGAAAACACGACUACACUCUGUACUACAUGAGCGAUUCCUAUUUGGGUUGCGAUCAGGAGUACAAGUUUUCCAUCGAAGUGGGUGACUUCCAGUCGGAGAGCGAAAGCGAGUCAGAUUAGUUUUCUUAAGGAUCAUUAUUUGAGCAUGACCGCACAAAUGAAAAUUAAUCAUUUUACAAUUUACUCCCAUCAAUUGUAGCAAUAAUUUCUUGUACUUCUUUAGGAGGGGAAAAACGAGCACCACUGAGUACCACUCUAUUCAGUGAUCCGUACAAAACAAAAAAAUAAAUACAAAAUAUUAAAAACGUG